GGAUAUUUGUCCAAACAGGAGAACAUUCUUGUGAGAAAGCCGGUAACAUGGAGCAGCACGGGUCAGUUUGGGCACUGCUUUUAGCACUCAGUGCUUUGGUGCACUUUGACAUCGUUUUUGCUGUAGGUGCUGAUGACAAUUUAACAACGAUUCUUCCCAAACCAGGCCACUGCCCACGCCUUCUUAAUGUUAUCCCAUCACAUAAGGGUUGUGAGUGUGAUGAAGACUGUCCUGCUGACAACAAAUGCUGUGUCUUUGACUGUGGAGCUGUCUGUGUCCCCCCUGCUUUCACCAAGCAAGGAGUGUGCCCUCGCAGGAACUGGGGCUCAGGAAUGUGUGCUGAAUAUUGCUCCAAUGACAAUGACUGCCCCAAUGAUGAGAAGUGCUGCCAUAAUGGAUGUGGACAUGAGUGCAUUUCCCCGUACACAGUGAAGCGGGGUCGCUGCGCUCUUCCCCAGGGGACCUCAAUGUGUGCCGAGUACUGCUAUCAUGACGGUCAGUGCCCAGGAGAACAGAAGUGCUGCAAGACAACCUGCGGCCACGCCUGUAGCGAGCCCUGCUGAUUGGACAGCUCGGGACUCAGCUGCAUGUGGAGAGACAAUGUGUCAUGUUCUCUUUUUCAACUCCAUAAAAGCACCCUUUGGAACUAUAUCCCAGCAUUGAUUUGCAAGUUGGAUUCUUUGGGGAGGAGAGAAAUGUGUCAUUCAAAUAUAGUUAGGAUAUUAUUUUAUGUACCUGUACUUUAAUAACCAAAAUAAAAGUAUUUUACUCUUCAUUUAAAGAAGCGUUGGCAGGUUGCCAUGCAUAGUCUUCACAAACCCUACAUUAUGUUUGCAAUCUUAUACUAUAACAUCUGGGGUUUUUAACCGGUUUUGUGUAUGGGUUUUGAUAUAAUACCCCUCAUCUCAAUUGAUGAAAAAUGUACUGUACUAUACUGCAAUUCUUUGUAUUUCAACCAAUAAACCUGUUUCCAGAACUUA